AUGUAUACAAGGAUUUCUUCCAUAGCAUCUAUCUUGAGAUGUUUUGUGCUCACCCGUUUUCUGUCAUUGUUUCUUCCAUUUUCUUUCUACGUUAAACGAUUAACAUAUUCUCUCCUUUCCUCUCUCCCUCCUCUCUCCCUCCUCUCUCGUCCCUCUCCCUUUACCCUCUUUCUCCCUCUCUCUCUCUCUCUCUCUCUCUCUCUCUCUCUCUAUCUAUCUAUCUAUCUAUCUAUCUAUCUAUCUAUUGACACACACACACACAUUCACACACAUAUAAUCUCACCAAACUUUCCCUCUCUCUCUCUCUCUCUCUCUCUCUCUCUCUCUCUCUCUCUCUCUCUCUCUCUCUCUCUCUCUCUGAAUUUGUACCUCCUUUCCUCGGUUUCAUCUCUGAAAGAUUUCCAAUUCACUUUCUCUUUAUUUCCCCCCUCUCUCUCUCUCUCUCUCUCUCUCUCUCUCUCUUUACCUUCUCAUCAGUUUCAUUUUUUCUUUCAUUUUCUUCUUUCCUCUAUGCGUAUUCAAUGUGUUCCUUUGUUUCCUCUUCGCCUCCUCUUCGUAAUGUGCAUACCCCGAAGGUUCUCUUUCCAUUCAGAUCCCUUCAUCCAUCCAUCUUUGACUAUUUCUGUUAAAAGCCCGCAAAUAAUUCUUCCUAUCUUUAUAUCUGCCCUCAAUAUCUACUUUUCAAAACAACUUUUUUCUCUACAUUUAAUGACCAACCCCAAACCAGUCGUCACAGACCUUCUCCCUCUUUUCAUUCAUACUUGCGCUUCUUAA